CAUUAAGUGAAAUUUCCACGCUAACUACACAUGUUGGACGAAAUGGCCACGAAUUAUAUUGUAACCUUUCAAGACAUUGCCACCACUGAGCAGAUCAAUACCUACAUCGAACAGAUUAACGGAGACGGCGGAACUGUAAUCAACAGGUUUCCAGACAUGAUCGCUAGAGGAUUCACAGCCUGUAUAACAGAUUCAGUCCGCCAGAAGCUUCAGUCAGACCCUCUGAUUGAUUGCAUCACACCUGAUACCUCCAACUAAGCUCGGCGUUGGCUUGGCCCUUUUGAGAUACCUACAUAGCCUAGCAUUCUUUGCUUCGCGUUCCCUUAUUACACUACAUAACGACAUUAUUCGUGGCUACCUAAUCACAUUGACCACUGUGUUGGCUGCCUAUACAUAUUUAGAGGAAACUCAUCUAUAGCUUGGACCCGUACGACACACUAAAUCCCAAAUUUUGUUGUACUUACGGAUCGGGUCUGCUCCGAGCGACUGAUCAUUU